AUGCCUGAAGAGCUUGCAUCUAAUGCUAUGUGUAUGAAUGGAAGAUUUCUUAUGAUAUUUGGUGGUACAGGAGCUCCAUUUGGCAAUAAAUGCAGCAAUGAUGUUUUAGCAUGGCGUACAUGCCCCGGUGACGCAAAGUUACAAAUAUUAGAAGUGACGGGAACUAGACCACCUGGGCAAUACGGGCAAUCAAUAUUGUGUUAUGAUGGCUAUUUCUAUACAAUUGGUGGUACAAAUGGAUUUGCAUACAACUGUGAUAUAUAUAGGUUAAAUCUACGGACUAUGACUUGGGAACCAGUAUUUGUAGGAACUGGCCAGGAAGGUGAACCAUUUGGCAGAUAUCGGCAUGAAAUAGCUCGUGUUGAGAAUAAGAUAUAUAUUAUUGGUGGUGGCACUGGGGAAUGGGCAUUCGAACUCAUGGAAAUACCAAUGUACGACCUUGAAACCAAUACAUGGACAGUUUUAACUCCAAAAGCUGAUGAUACAAUAAAGAAUACUUUAGCUCCAUUACCUAGAAAGUGUCAUAGUGCUGUGCAAAUUGACACACCAAAUGGUCCUCAGGUGUUUGUUGUGGGUGGUUCAGACGGACAAUCAAUGUUUGAUGACGUGUGGAGGUUGAAUAUUUCUGAUCUUCAAUGGAAUUUAAUGCGAAAGACUGUAUUACCUCAUCCACUUUCCUUUCAUUCUUCUACAGUCACUUCAUAUGGCUGCAUGUAUAUUUUCGGUGGCAUUGAACCAAAAGAAGAAGCAACCUGUAGAAAUAAUACCAUGUAUAAAGUUUGGAUUUGUAUACCGAAAUUAAGUGAGAUUUGCUGGGAGGCUUUGUUGACUUUUCAUCCUAAUUUAGACCAAGUUAAAAGAAAAACUCUUUUAAAUAUUGGAAUCCCCAUUCACCUUGUUGAUAGAUUACAGCCACAGUGA